AUGUCUAUUGUCGAAAACCGUGACACUCACUCCGACACUUCCAACAAGUCGAUCCCAACCACCGUGGACCAAGGUGUUGGCAGAAUCCACGUCCACGGCGACUCCCACGAGUACGUCACCAUCGGAAACCAAAGAUUUUGGAGACACGAGUUGAUGCAAGCCUUCGGUGGUUCUUUGACUGUCGGUGCUACUCCAUACCCUAAGAUCAACAUCAACCCAGCUCCAGUUGGCCUUUCUGCCUUCGCUUUCACCACAUUUGUGUUGUCCAUGUGCAAUGCCCAGGCCAUGGGUAUCAAGAUCACCAACGUUGCCGUUGGUGCUGCUUGCUUCUAUGGUGGACUUGUCCAAAUUUUCGCUGGUGUUGCUGAGUUCUUCGCUGCCAACACUUUUGGUGCCACUGCCUUGUGUUCGUACGGUGCGUUCUGGUUGUCGUUUGCUGCUAUCAACAUUCCUGCCUUCGGAAUUGGUGCUGCUUAUAAGGGUGACGAGGAGAUGCUUGAGAAUGCCGUGGGAUUCUUCUUGACCGGCUGGGCCAUUUUCACCUUUAUGCUCGUGUUGUUGACUCUCAAAUCCACCGUUGCGUUCUGUGCUUUGUUCCUGAUGUUAUGUCUUACCUUCAUCCUUCUUGCUGCGGGUGCAUUCACUGGAAACGUCGGUGUUCAUCGUGCUGGUGGUGUAACUGGUGUGAUUACUGCUUUCUUGGGCUGGUACAAUGCCUUCGCUGGUACUGCCACCAAGCAGAACUCUUACUUCAUUGCCCACCCUAUUGCAUUGCCAGGAAACGUCCUCCGUUAG